GUGUACACUGUCGUACAAGCAACUCCUUCGCAUCACUGUCACUUACUCAACAUCGUCCCUCCCUCCCAGCUCCCGCCAUGGAUGAUCAUCGCCGCGACCAACCCCUCGCGCCCAGCGUACACGUCCACCUUUUAAGCCUCACAAAAGGUGAUGGAUCGAUGGCGAGGCGAGCACCCCAAGAAAACAUCGAGCAAAGCCAUUAUUGACGACACCGGACCAGUUUCCGUUGUUGCAACUAACCACCACCGGCCGACCGGCGAUCGAGCCAUGGGCGGCGGCACUCCGCGCAGCAGCAUCGGCCACAUCCUUCCCGGCGCCGGCUUCCUGGCCGUCGGGCUGUGGCACCUGUUCAACCACAUCAGGCUCUUCUCCCUGCGGCCCGACGCGUACGUGGCGCCAGUCUGGUUCCCGGCGCCGCGCGUCCGCCACCUCGAGCUCAUCCUCGUCAUCGCCGGCAGCGCCGUCGAGUUCGCCAUGGAGAUGUUCGUGGACCACUCCACCUUCCUGCCGUUCGACGCCGACGGCUCCAUCCCGUCCGACCGGCUGCACAACCACGAGCACGCCAUCAUCUGCCUCGCGCUCCUCGUCUACGCGGCCUCCGCGCUGCACCUCGACCGCGCCCGCGCCCGCUGCCGCGGCGCGCUCUCCCUGCUCCUCGUCGCCGCCGUCUUCGCGCAGGAGCUGCUCGUCUUCCACUUCCACUCCACCGACCACGCCGGCUUCGAGGGCCAGUUCCACUGGCUCCUGCAGCUCGUCGUCGCCGCCUGCCUCGCCACGGCGCUCCUGGGCGUCGCCUUCCCGCGGAGCUUCGUCGUGGGCCUGGUCCGGUCGGCGUGCGUCGCGUUCCACGGGGUGUGGCUCAUCGUCAUCGGCGCCAUGGUGUGGGUGCCGAGCCGUGUGCCCAGGGGCUGCUCGCUCGUGGAGGAGGACGGCCGCGUCACCGUGCGCUGCCACAGCGAGGCCAGCCUGCACCGCGCCAAGGCGCUCGCCAACAUACAGUUCGGGUGGUACCUAUCCUUCAUGACGGUUUUUGUCGUCGUGCUCUACGUCAACGUGUGCAGGAUGUAUCCUGCCGAGACAGCGGCGUACGUGCGGCUGCCGCCGGAAGCCGCCGGCGAAGAGGAGGAACACCUCAAGCGCAAGUGCGGGGUCGUAUGCUGCGACAACGACGAUGUUCAGGGAUUCACGCCCUUGGAGAUCGAGGUGUAAUGUAAUGUAAUGUAAUGUAAUGCACUGGGCCGAUUGUAGAACAUGUCCCUGCUUGUACACUUGUACAGUAGCAUACAUGUGCCAUACGGCCAUGAAUUCAUCGAUCUGUUCGUAUGAAUGUAGUCAAAAGUCAAGGUUUGAUGCACGCACUGUGUGUUCCUUU